AUGGGUAGGCCACAUAUUUUAGUCAUACCUUAUCCAGCACAAGGCCAUGUGAUUCCCUUCAUGGAACUGUCACAGUGCUUAGUAAAACAAGGAUUCAGAGUCACAUUUGUUAACACAGAGUAUAAUCAUGAGAGGGUCUUGAAUGCAUUGGCAGAAAAGGAUCAUCUAGCGGAUCAAAUCAGUCUAGUUUCAAUUCCAGAUGGAAUGGAAUACUGGGAGGAUAGGAAUCAUCUAGGGAAGUUAACAAAAGCAAUUUUUCAGGUCAUGCCUGGAAAGGUAGAGGAUCUCAUUAACAGAAUCAAUACUUCAGAAGAUGAAAAGAUUACGUGUGUUAUUGCUGAUAGGAGUAUGGGAUGGGCUAUUGGAUUGGCAGAGAAGAUGAAAAUUCCUCGAGCAGCCUUUUGGCCUGCGGCAGCCGCACAAUUGUCCAUGAUAUCGAGUAUCCAGAAUCUAAUUGAUGAUGGAAUUAUUGACAAUGAUGGAACUCCAUUGAAGAACCAGAUGUUUCAGUUGACUCCAGCAAUGCCUGCUGUGAACACUGCAAAUUUAAUAUGGGCCUGCGUUGGUGACUUUACCACUCAGAAAAUUGUAUUUGAUUAUAUGGUUGAAACCAAUGAGAUUGUUAAAGCGGCAGAUUGGAUAGUUUGUAACUCAGUAUAUGAUCUUGAGCCUGGAGCAUUCACUUUUGCCCCAAAUGUUCUGCCAAUAGGGCCACUUCUGGCAAGCAACCGACUCGGAGACACAGUAGGACACUUCUGGCCAGAGGACUCAAGUUGCUUGAAAUGGCUGGACCAACAGCCACCUAAAUCAGUCAUUUAUGUUGCAUUUGGUAGCUUCACUGUUUUUGACAAAACUCAAUUCCAAGAAUUAGCACUGGGGCUUGAAAUCUCUUGUAGGCCAUUCCUGUGGGUUGUGAGACCAGAUAUUGUCAACGAGACAAAUGCCUAUCCAGAUGGAUUUCAAGAAAGAAUAGGCACCCGCGGGCGGCUGGUUGGUUGGACAUCUCAACAAAAGGUUCUUAGUCACCCUUCUAUUGCCUGCUUCCUGAGCCACUGUGGUUGGAACUCCACUUUGGAAGGUGUAUGCAAUGGGUUCCCUUUCUUGUGCUGGCCAUACUUUGCCGAUCAAUUCCUUAACGAAGGCUACAUUUGUGAUGUUUGGAAAGUGGGAUUGAAGUUAAACCGGGACAAGAGUGGGAUCAUCACGCAAGAAGAAAUUAAGAACAAGGUGGAGCAAGUCCUGGGAAAUGAAAAAUUGAAGGCAAGGGCUUCAGAACUCAAGGAGAUAGCAAUGAGAAAUGUCAGAGAAGAUGGUUAUUCUAGCAAGAUUUUCAAGAAUUUUAUUGACUGGAUGAAGGCUUAA